AUGGCGGUGGAAGUCUCUAGGCCCAUUGUGACCCUUCAACCCAACUGGCCUCAGAUAUUCAGAGGAGAGAAAGUCACUCUGAGAUGUGAGAUCCAUGGAGGUGGAGGAGCUCAGUGGACGUAUGAAUGGAGACCAACCAGCAGUAACUCUCCAACAUCCAGUGAAUACUGGAUCAACACAGCUACUGAGUCUGGUGAUAGAUACUGGUGUAGGGCUAGAGGAGACUACCAUAUAACAGCCUGGAGUGAUGUCUUCAGACUGACAGUGAGAGAUAAACCCACAGCCUCACUGACAGCAGGUGAUGAAAUAAUACCACUAGGGGGCAGUGUAACACUGACCUGCUCUGUGUCCAGCUCUACUGGCUGGAAGUUUGACUGGUUCAGACAGAAGUCAGAGUCUUCUGGAGCUCAGCUAAUCAGAAACAAUGAACCACAUGGAGUCAUCAGCAUCUCAGAGGGAGGUCUAUACAGCUGCAGAGCAGGAAGAGGAGAUCCAGUUUUCUACACUGAAAACAGCAGUAAGGUCACAAUUUAUAAAACUGUUCCUAUUACACCCACUGUGAUCCUUCAACCCAACUGGCCUCAGAUAUUCAGAGGAGAGAAUGUCACUCUGAGAUGUGAGAUCCAUGGAGAUGGAGGAGCUCAGUGGACGUAUGAAUGGAGACCAACCAGCGGAAACUCUCCAACAUCCAAUGAAUACAGGAUCACUGCAGCUGACAGAGGAGAAUAUAGAUGCAGAGGAAGAACAGAUGUCUUUACAAUAACAGAGUGGGGAGUCCUUAGGUUAACUGUGUCAAAUAAACCUCAGCCUGUCCUCUCUGUGUCUCCAUCAGAUAAACCUCAGCCUGUCCUCUCUGUGUCUCCAUCAGAUAAACCUCAGCCUGUCCUCUCUGUGUCUCCAUCAGAUAAACCUCAGCCUGUCCUCUCUGUGUCUCCAUCAUGGCUGAGUCCUGGAGCCUCAGUGAUUCUGAGCUGUGGGGGGUUGGAGCAUCCAUCUGCAGGAUGGAGGUUCUUCUGGUAUAAAGUGGUUCCAGCAAAUUCCAGCAGCUCCUACAGCUUAGAGCUGCUGACUGGCAGAACCAACUGGAUUGAACAGAACUCCUACCUCAUUAAUGGACAGAAUCACACAGCAGGAUAUGUGUGCAGAGCAAGAAGAGGAGAACCAGUGUUUUACACUAAAUACAGUGAACCAAAGUUUGUCUGGUCUGCAGGUCAGUUUAUCUCUGUUCAUUCAAGGAUCCUUGUGUUUUAAAUGUUGAUUAUUUUUCAACAAUUUGCAUUUCACCAAUA